AUGACUGCACAUCUAAAUUUACCAUUCGCAAAAAGUAGCUAUCGAAAGGUAGUUUACGAUCAUGAAGACUUUCUAAUUAAAAAUUUACCAACGUAUGAAAUUAUUGAAAAAAUGUAUACAAACCAUCUACUUCAAGAGAUCUUUUUCCUCAGUAUCACAAAUGUCGAACCUUCUGCGGUGGUUAUUGAAAAAAAUAAAGAAAUUAUAAACUUAAUCUAUGAUAAAAAUGUCGGUGAAUUUUUUCAGUUUUAUGAGAUUCUGGUUAAUUUAAACGAUAAAACUUGUGGCAGUCUAUUGAAGGUCAAGUUAAUAGAUUUAUAUCAUGGACAAUAUCAAAAUAACCAUCUAAAAGAUUUGGAUUAUGGACCUUCUGUGGAAAUUUUACAUAAGCAAUCGUCAUCAACAUCUUCCUUUAAGUGUUUUGCAAAAGUGCCCGAAGUUAUUAUCCCUUCAUUUUCUUCGACAACCAUCACUUAUUCAAAGACUCGUGUUUAUAUGACCAGCGGUAAUUACUCUGGCUUAGAAUUACAAUUUGCUGCUAAUCCUUCCAGUGAGAUACGUAAUAUUAAAGCCGAAGUAGUUCCAGUUAUUCCAUCCACACCCGCAUCGCUUUCUGCUGCAUCAUUAGGGAUCAGGUUAUCAGCCAAUGCAAAGUUGGAUAGCCAUUUAAAAGAGAUGAUCAAUAUUCGCUUUCAGCUACCGGAUUAUUAUUGCAUCAAUAAGGAGAAUCGAAUGUUAAAGCGUUCGUUAGUAAUAGUAGGCCAAAAGAGUUCUAAAAAAGGCAACAAUGAAUUUAUAGACUCCCAUCAGGAAUGUCGAUUAAAUCGACAUGACGAUGGCUUGGUCUCUACUCAAGUACAAGCAACAUCUUUUGGUGUCGUUUGCUGUUUUUGGAAAAUACCGCAGUUUAUCUUAGAUGCUGCUCGUUUAGGUCCGAAAUUUUAUUAUCCCUAUUUUAUGUAUGUAGUAGAUUGUCUAGUCGCCAUCCAGCCAUGGAAUAGUAGUUACGAUAUACAAGGAUUCAAUUUAUUAAUUAUCCUUACCAGUCGACAAUUAGAUGUUACAGCUAAGCUUAAGGACUAUCAAACUGUUGGUAAUUUAAAUAAAAUCGACUUAUGCUGCGGCAAAUUUAAGCUUCAAGUUACUGGUAAUAUCAUACCAAAUCAGCAUGUCUUUUGGCUUGAAAGUUUAGAAAAAAUAGUUUAUUUUACGGGUGGUUAUACUUGCACUAAAAUAGCCUGCGCUUUUGAGACUAAUGAAGUUUCUCACCUGGAAGGCAAAAUGACGAUAUCCUAUCUAGGAUUACCUGAUAAUUUGGAUGAUGCUGAUCCACGUCGUAAUCGAAGCUUAUUCUGUGAAAGGAUGCAAGCAGAUAUCGUAGUUGAGCUAAAAUCGGACCAAAUAGAGGUAUCCCCUAUGCCAGUAAUUUCACAAACAUCAAUUAUAUCUACGUUGUCAAGUGAAAUAUCCGCAACAGAAUCUAUUGCAUCGACACAAAGUUCAAAGAUAGAGAUUGGCAUGUUAAAAAGAGAGCUUGAAACAUACCACGCGAACUGUUUACUCAUCGAAUCACUGAUAGAGAAUAUUGCUAAUUUACAGCAAUUGCAUACGAUACUUUCAAGCAAUGGAAUUGGAGAUGAUAGUAUCGAUGUACUAGAGGCUGGUAAAGAUCGUCUACUCUUAUAUACUAAGCAAGAAACGGUAGAAAAAAUUUAUCAUCCAAUAUUAAAUUCUCUGGAACAACGUAUCAAAAUGCAAAAAGAAUCAUUUGCGAAAUUAGCUUCUUGUCAAGAUAUGCUUGAAGAGAUUAUCAAUGCCCUACCUCCUCAAAUUGCCGAAUAUGUUGCUGCAUAUUUUCCAAAUUACUCACGAGGAUUGCCGUAUCUACGAAAGCAAGUAAAUAGUAGCGAUAGCAGCACCAUUUUUGUAACAGGUGAUAAUCAAGCUGGAAAGAGUACAUUAAUAAAUUUCUUACUAGGCAAAGACAUACUAACAUCAAGCAAUCUCAAAUCAUAUCAUAGCUAUCAAUUUCGCUAUUCAACAGAAAUUUCGGUCGAAAUUAUUAUUAAUAAAUCUUCUAUAAAGAAUAGAGAAGUUUUACGUAGACGAAGUUUGGGAGAUAGUUUAUCUACAUUUUUGACUGAACAAACCUCUAAAAAUUCCGAUAAGAAAGAAAAGAAAAUCUUUAAAAUCUUCUAUCCAUCCGCUUUGCUAAAGGCUGGUAUUACUAUAAUCGAAGAUGAUACAGAGUUUACUGGCAUUCAUGAUGAAACUGCAAUGUUGAUGACAGGAGCUGCGGUAAUCAUUUACGUGAUUGACUCUGAUAAAAGGACGGGAGCACAAAUUGAUAAAGUUGCAAAAUUUUUAAGAAUUGUACGAGAUAAAACACCAGAUACUCUGGGCUUUCCAGCCGGCUCUAUCCUAUUCGCUUGUAAUAAGUGGGAGGGUGUUGAAUUAGAUGAAAGACCUCAUGUAAGCCAUCGAAUAACUCAAGAAAUUAAAGAUAUCUGGCCACAAUUUGAUGACUGGCAAAUAGCUUGGACUUCCUUCAAAAAUGGCCUACAGCAUUUUAAAGGUGGUUUCGUAGCUUCUGAUAUGAAAAACUUAUUACAAACGAUUCAAAAGCAAUUGAGCUCUUGUUUUUGGUUCAGAUUUGUUACCCAUAUUCGAUAUUUAGAGCGAUUUUUGCGGAUGAUUCAAAUACCAUAUAAAUUUUACUUAAAGAACUGUACCCUUCCAUCCAAUCAAUUACGCAAUCAUCUCAAAACUAUUAAGCAGGCGCAAGUAAAAAUUUUAGCUCAUCUACAGACAGCGAACGAAAAAGUCAAUCAAAUUUUAGAAGAAUUUUACCGAGGUUGGUCUAGCGAAUUGACAGAAUCGUUGCAGAAGAUGAUCGAUUCAGUAGAAUUUGAAAGUGAAAUGUCGAGGUGGAAUCCGAAGUGUACAAUUUUAUACCGAAAUACAAAUGAUACUACAGCAAUUCUUAAGAAAUUAUUAAAAGACCGGAUUAUGCAUUUAUUGAUCAAGUGGGAAAAUGUAAGCUGUAUUUUCAAGGAUAUGGAAUUUGAGACAGAACGCAUCAUUACCCAACAUUACGAAUUUCCGCCAUUAAGCAGAGAUAGAAGUAACAGGUUACUACCACUUAUUGGGCCAUUAUUUUUAAAUGGAAAAUUCAAUUUAAUUUUUCCUAAAAUAGCAGAACAAUCAUUAAAGGAUAAAGAUGGUUUAUCUAUAGCCAAAUUGGCAUCGAAACCGCGCAUAAAUUGCGAAUAUGUCGAUGCACUCUUAACAUCCUUAAUUGACACUAUUCGAUUUCCUCCUAUCAACUCUGUUUUUACUCAGUCAUUGAUGUCGAAAUUUCCAUGGUUCGCUGAAUAUAAUGGGCAGAUGCUUACUACAAUUUCACUAAAUAACGAUGGCGUUGGAGGCAAGAAAAGGUUUGCUAUGAGAAAGAGCAGACUAGAGAAGAAGACUCAAUUUAGCAAUCCUACUUACAAUCAUAAAGAGGCGGGAGCUAAGAAUGACUUAAUUCCUGGCGAAUGGAUACCAAUUGUAUAG